AGUGAACGUUGGGUGGAGCUCUUCAAUUGGACCGUUGUUGAUUCGUUUUAGUACUCUUUGAGGGUCAUUCUUACCGUCUUUAACGGCUUCUGGACACUUGCAAUUCCAACAUUAGCAGUAACGUGUAAGGACAGAACAAGGGAACCAAGGAACAGCGAUUUUGGCUGCACGAAGGGUAGAAUAAGCCAAUUUUUUCUCCAAUAAUAAUAAGCUGCCUUAUAAGGACUCUCGUUUUGGUUCGCUGGAAUUGGCAGACGUCCACUUGUGUGUGUAUAUAUAUGGCUCAUGAUGGCAUUGCACGGUUCGCAUACGUCGUCAACGCUGACGAGGUUCAGCAAAACUCACAAGAGAAGACCCACGUCUGUUGCUGGAGACUUACUGAACUCGACAAACAUGUACAUCACCUCAGACGGCACAGUAUUACAGUCAUCGCUGGUCAAAGAAGGGUCUCCUUCCAAGAGGAAGCUGACGGGCUCAACGUCGCAAGUGAGGUUUGACCUCCCUGAUUCUGAGGAGGAGACGGAGGAGGAACAACAGGAGGACAAUGACCAUGAUUCGUUCCUCAGCGAGGAGGAGUGGGAAGAUCUGGAAGACGUGCCUGUUCGAAAAGACAGCUACGAUGGUAAGCUGAUAUUCGACGCUGAGUCCAAACAGGUAAUCUCAUCUUCACAGAGCAAGUCGAUUGUGGACUUUAACGACCCAUAUGAAGUUAGCCAGUCGAUGAGAUCGUUACUGCUGAGCAGUGAACAGAGGUCCAAACUGUUCAUACGGCCGUUCUCUGAGCUGAACAAGGGCCCUAUUGCAAUACCUGUUGAGGCCAGAUUACCACCACCUCUCUGUGCAAAGAAUAUCAUAUCCAAAGCAAGACCUGAAACACUCGUCUAUAACGGUAUAGACUAUGAACCCUUUGAUCUGAAACUGGUCACCGCAAAGUAUCUGGCGAUGAAGGAGCAGAGAAGAAUACACAGUGCUUCUUCCACCCCAACUAUUGAGAAUGAUAAAUUCCAAGGAGUAGUGAUACCAGAAGACUUGUCGAAACCUCUGACGACAAAGGAGAGACCGAAAUCUAUGACGUUGGAUAAUGAAAGGGAGAUCGCCAACCCAAGCCAGGCUGCAAUGAGACAGAACAAUGAACUAAACAGAAGGUUUUCGUUCCCUCCAAGGGUCAAUCAUGCCAUACCACCACCACUACCUGAGAAGAAUGCUACUACAAAGGAGAAGCCAAAGGGACUGCAGAUAUUCUCACCUGAUGGACCUUUCGUGCCACCAUCAGCAUCUACUCAUAGACGUUCCACUAUGCUUGACUCUAUGGUGAACAGUUCACCAGAACAGGAGAAAUUGACUGUGGAGCAUGAAGCUAACUGCAGAACAAUUCAUCAACCAAGCCCACAGGCACCAGUAUCAUUUACUCACUGGAGUCCUCAGGAGUCUGUAAAGCCUCUAGAGAACCAAGCACUCAAUACGGAGAUCCAAACUCUACACAUUCACGACAACAUUCAUAUGAGUGGCCUAAGAGAGCCAGCAUUGGUUCCACGAGAUGACAGCUCAGUAUACUCUGAAGAAUCUAUCCAGGAUUCGAUACAGGACUCCAUUGAAGAUUCGAUCCAGAAUUCCGUUAUGGAAUCUGUACAAUCUACAGAGAAGGACCUCCUAGAAAACGAGGAGGAUGCUUCAUCACUUGAAUCAAACGACUCAGCACAAUUGCAAGCACUAGGUAAUCUGAUCAUAUCGUCAGGUGGUGAUCUCUCGCUAACAGAGGAGCAGAUCGAGAAGAUGGAUCAAAUCACUGCAAGCCAAUCCCACAUAUAUGACAAUCCAUUACCUGUCGAUGUGUCGAUGAACACGAAGCCAGCUAAUACCUGUGAGCAUGUUGUCAAGAAGACACCAACUGAGCAGGUAUCUGUGAAGAGCAAGCCAAUUGAAGCUAUCGAGACUAUCGAAUUAACAGAUACAGAGGACGAAUCAGACGAAGUCCAUGAACCAAACGAAGAAAUGUCCAGCCAGCCUUUAGGAACACACUGGAAACCUCAAAGAGUUUCCUCAAGGGAUACGAAGGAAGCAGACAGAAUCCGUGCGGUCUCACAGAACAUGAUGAAGAAAGCAAACAAUUCGCCAAUGCUGAGUCAGUCGAGCUAUCAAUCUGAAGCCACUGGCCUGUUUUCACAACCUUCAAGCACGCUUACAGAUGACACUGAAGUGAGCCAAAGGAACUACAACUCUUCUAACCUCGUCAUGGCAAAACGUCAGCAGUCCUUUAGAAGCUUCAUCCAAGAGAUGGAUAACGGUGAAUUCAGAGAAACCAUUGAGAUUGAUGACGAAUAUGACGAUUAUGGUAGAAAGGCCUCUUCUGGCUCUCUCUUCUCCUUCGAAACGGUUGCAUCCGAGGUUCAAAUGGGUAUUCAUUCACCUUUGAAUUCAAAUAUCAGAAGGUACACAUCGCAGUUGAAGUCAGUACUUGAGCUCUGCGACGAAUCAAUGAGCGAUUCCAGAAGUGUUCUAGAGUCAUUGAAGAGACAGAAAACGAUCUUGAUCCAAAGACGUAACGAACUGAUGAAAUCACAGAAGAAGGACCUGGAGAAGUUGAUGAAGAUCCAGGAAUUGCAAGACAAAGUCAAACAGGUCCAUCAAAGACAGGCAUCUGUGAGACGUGAUAUGGGAACAAAGCGUAACAUGGAUCUAUACUUCGACUAUGCCAACUCGGAGAGCUAUGACUUCCAGAGCUACAUGAGAAAUCAAUCGUCGUCGUCUAUCUCAAUGGCUGUAUAAGUGGUAUUUAUUAUCAUCAUCAUUAAUAUAUAAUAUGAGAACAU